AGAUAGGAUGGGGCCAGCUGUUAGGAAGGCUUUGACGGGAUUGAUAGGAAUCGAUCUCGCUCUUGGUAUAGCACUCGUGGUAUUGGUGAAUAUUGUGGGCAAUAGUGAUGGGAACACUAGUAAGCCCACGUCCACCGCCACUACGGUUGAAACUGAAAGUACAGAAUUGAUCGAGACAGUUACUUCUUUUACAAUAAAUACUACUACAGAUACUAAUACUACCAAUUCCUCUCCCAUUGCUUCUACUGAUGCCAUCACUACUACACCAACCACUACAACUACAACUACAACAACAACUACGACAACGACAACGACGACUACAACAACAGCACCCAGAAGCAUCAAUUGCGUCUGCGUAGCGGAUCUGCAAUACAUCAGCAAAGCAAAAGAGAUAGACAAGGAAAAAAGUCUAAUCCUGAUCGUUACGGACACCCUUUUCAAAGAAAGGCAAGGUUCGGCUGCUGGAAUUUGGGUUUACGGCUCAGUAGCUCAAAAAACCGAUUUUACAAAUGUCUUCAAUAACAUGAGCGAUACCUAUGAGAAAUUCGAAAGUGAAGCUAAUACAGCCAUGCAGAGAGGGUCUUCUGUAAACGAUUUGGGUGCAAACUUCUCUACAAUAAACACUGCAACUGGUCCACAAGGAAAAGUGGAUAGCUUGCUUUUCAUGUGGGGCGCCGAGGAAAUCAGAACGAGCAAGCUCAAUCAAUCAAAUUUCAGAGAUUUCGUAGAAAAGAACUGGGUUAUCGGUCCAAGUUACAACUACACGAAUAUUGUGGUUGUUAGUCUGCAAGGUGCCAACUUCACGGGCCAUGUAGAUGACCGAGGAAAGAUUAUCAACGUCGAUCUCAAUGACUACAAAGAUGAAGAUGUAGAGAAAAUUGUUGAUGCAUUGAUUUCAUGA